CUAUUACUCAUGCUUACUGCCAGGUGGCCAGUAGUUCAGUGCGGGAUCGCGUUCUGGAUGGCUUUAUUGACUUAAAUCUAAAUUUUACCACAAAGCUAGCCUCUACCGGCACUUUAGGUGCAUUUUCGGCAUUUGGCCCACACACCCUUUUGCACAUAUUCUUGAAGGUUGUCUAGACCUGUCGGGUAGUGGCGUUUUCUUUAUUACUCGCAUAUUCAAACAUAUAGACAAUGGCUCCCAAACUACGGCAUGGUUCGCCGCGAUUGUUCAUGUCCUCUCCCAUUCUUUCCGUCUUAAUAGUACCGUUUUUGCUAUUCUUCCUUGCCUUUCCUGCCCCUGUCGCCGCUGCUGGGUCCGCAGUGAUCGGUAUCGAUGUCGGUACAGAAUACCUUAAAGCAGCACUUGUGAAACCCGGGAUUCCACUAGAGAUUGUGCUCACCAAAGACUCAAAACGUAAGGAGUCGGCCGCUGUUGCGUUCAAACCCACCAGGGACAAUGCACCAUUUCCCGAGAGGUUCUACGGCGGCGACGCCCUGGCACUUGCCGCACGGUAUCCGGAUGACGUCUAUGCGAAUCUGAAAACACUAUUGGGAGUUCCCUUUAACGGUGACGGGAACGAAGCGGUUCAAACAUAUCUUAGCCGAUAUCCCGCAUUGAAGCUGGAAAGCGCUGGUGAGCGGGGAACCGUUGGGUUUCGGAGCAAUAGGCUCGGCGAAGAAGAAAGAAAGGAUGUUUUCCUUGUGGAGGAACUUUUGGCGAUGCAGUUGAAACAAAUCAAAGCCAACGCCGAUAGCCUUGCCGGCAAGGGUUCGGAUGUUAGGGAUGUGGUGAUCACCUAUCCCUCCUUUUACACGGCUGAGGAGAGGAGAAGUCUAGAGCUGUCGGCGGAACUCGCGGGUCUGAAUAUUGACGCUCUUGUUAGCGAUGGUCUCGCUGUUGGGUUGAAUUAUGCAACAAGUCGGCAGUUCCCUAGUGUUUCAAAUGGGCAGAAGCCCGAGUACCAUGUCGUCUACGAUAUGGGUGCUGGCUACACAACCGCUAGCGUCCUCCGCUUCCAAAGUCGCUCGGUGAAGGAUGUUGGAAAAUUCAAUAAAACAAUACAAGAGGUUCAUGUCCUGGGAACGGCCUGGGAUAGGACCCUCGGUGGGGACUCUUUGAAUGAUCUCGUGGUCAGGGACAUGAUCGCAAGCUUGGUUCAAGACAAGAAGUUGAAGGACCGUAUUACAAUAGCUGAUAUUGAAUCUCAUGGAAAAACUAUGGCGCGACUUUGGAAGGACGCUGAGAAAAUUCGACAGGUCUUGAGUGCUAACACUGAGACUGGAGCUUCAUUUGAAAGCCUCUACGAGGAAGACUUCAAUUUUAAAUACCGCAUUACUCGCUCUACAUUUGAGCAGCUUGCUGAACAGCAUAUUGCUCGAGUUGGAAAGCCUCUGGAGCAAGCUCUAGCGACCGCUGGAAUGCAACUGGAUGACAUUGAUUCAGUCAUUUUGCAUGGCGGAGCUAUCCGCACCCCAUUCGUUCAGAAGGAGCUAGAACGGGUCUGUGGGACUUCCAACAAACUUAGAACAAGUGUUAAUGCAGAUGAGGCUGCCGUUUUUGGUGCUGCCUUCAAGGGAGCUGCCCUCAGCCCUAGCUUCCGUGUCAAAGAAAUCCGAGCUCACGAUGUCUCCGGUUAUCCCGUUUUGUUGAAAUGGCCUUCUGAGUCUCGGGAGAGACAGCAGAAGCUAUUCACUCCGACCUCUCAAGUUGGUCCUGAGAAGCAGGUUACAGUGAAAAACCUUGAGGAUUUUGAGUUCAGUUUCUACCAGCAAAUUUUCUUGGAGGGUAACGUGGUCGAGUCUCCGAUUUUAGAUGUACAGACACAAAAUCUCACUGCGUCUGUCGCUAAAUUGAAGGAAAGCUUUGGUUGCUCUCCUGCAAAUAUGACCACCAAGUUCUCUAUUCGCUUAAGCCCUGUUGAUGGCCUACCCGAGGUUGUCAGCGGCGCCGUGAGUUGCGAUGUUGAGAACAGCAAGACAGGGAGUGUUGUUGAAGACGUCAAAGGCUUCUUCGGUUUGGGAUCUAAGAAGGAACAAGCCCCCCUUAACGAAGAUGGUGAAGCUAGCGAGUCGAUCACUUUGGAACCGGAGGAACCCCAAGCCUCGACGACUUCCUCGGCAAGCGAUGCUACUUCUACUACAAGUGCGAAGGAAAACAAGAAGGCUGCUCCCUCGAUUAAGGUGGAGACUAUUCCUAUUCGCUUCACCUCGUCUCCUCUAGGAACCCCUGCCCUAUCCAAGGCCGAGUUAAGCCGUAUUCAAGCCCGUUUGGAUGCAUUCGAUGGCUCUGACCGCGAUCGUUUCCUACGUGAAGAGGCUUUGAAUGAACUGGAGUCGUUCAUCUACCGAACCCGGGAUUUGGUAGAGGAUGAGGAGUUUAACAGAGUGAUUAAACCAGAUCAGUUGGCCGCUCUCAAGGAGAAGUCUGCUGCUGCCAGUGAUUGGCUUUACGAUGACGGCGAAAACGCCAAAACCCCAGAGUUUCGAGAAAAGCUCAAGUCCCUUAAGGACAUUGUCAAGCCCGCACUCAAGAGAAAGCAAGAAAAUGCCGCUCGCCCAGCUCGUGUUCAAGUUUUACAGGACGUGCUAAAGAACGCCAAGACAGUGAUGGAACUCAUGGAGAAGCAAGUCAAGCAGGACGAAGACCUGUACUCUGCAUCUCAGUCUGCCUCGAGUGCGCCUUCCACAGGUGAAGAAAGCACUUCGACUACCUUGGGCGAGCCAUCUUCUACCACAGAACCUCUUCAAGAUCUGGACGAAGACCCAUACUCGUCUACAGCAUCUCAGUCAACAUCGACUGCCUCGACGGCCAAACCCACAGGGCCGAAGUACUCGAUCUUCCAGCCAUCCGACCUUACUAGUCUGGCUCAGACUUACGAAACUACCAAUACAUGGUUCGAAACCCAGCUUGCUCUUCAGGAGGAGUUGACCGAAUCUGAUGACCCAGCUCUGACUGUGGCCGAGCUCGAUACCCGUCUCAAGGAACUCGAACGUACCAUGAACCGGGUCUACGAGAAGAUGGGUGCGGCAGCAGCCAGGUCCGGAAAGGACCAGUCAAAGAAGAACGGCAAAAAGACCAAAUCCGAGCAGGCAGGGAAAGAGAAGCCCGCCGAAAAGGAGAAGUCUGAGCAGGAGAAGCAGAAGGCCAAUAUUAAAGAUGAGCUGUAAUAGUGCUUCCAGGUGGAAUGAUGGAGUUUGGCUUGAGCGUUUUGUUUCUCUGUUCACAUAUAUUUUUUCAUUUUUGUUACAAACCUACUUCUCUCUGAACUGUGUUUCUUUGGUCUGUUCAAGGUCAGGGCUCUUGGUUAGCUUUGGCCUUUGCAAGACCUUGACCGUGGCGUUCAUCGCGCCUCAUUACUCUGCUUAGCAUCAUCUGCUUUAACAAAGACGGGUCUGUAAACUAGAUAGAAUAUACUGUC